AUGCCGGGCAUGGAUGGCUUUGAGCUGGCAGAAACCAUCUCAGGCUAUAGCAAGUCGAAGGACAUUCCUAUUCUUUUCCUGUCUGCUAUCAGUAAGGAAAAAAAGUUUAUCACCAAGGGGUAUGCCUCCGGCGGUAUGGACUAUAUUACCAAGCCGGUAGACCCGGACAUCCUCCUGCUGAAAGUAAAAAACUUCAUCCGCCUUUCGCGCCAGACACAGGCUUUGAGCAAUAUGCAAAAGGAGCUGCAGGCGGAGAUUGAAAUGAGGAAAAAAGCACAGCAUGAGCUGGAUACCCUGGUACACCAACUGGAAAAAAAAGUAUUGGAACGGACACGUGAGCUGGUCAUCGCCAACCAGGACCUCGAGUCCUCCAAUCAUGAUCUGCAACAGUUUGCCUCGGUAGCUUCCCAUGACCUGAAAGAGCCGCUUCGGAAAAUACAAAUCUUCAGCAGCAUCCUCAGCCAGAAAGCCCAAAAGAGCGACCCGGGUAUGAUCGAUUACCUGGACCGCAUCACCACGUCGGCCAACCGUAUGGAAGGCCUGAUACAUGACCUGCUUAACUUUUCCAGGCUGUCAAUGGACGUCUUGUUUGAGACCGCCGACCUGAACCUUAUUGUCCGGGAAAUUCUUACCGACCUUGAACUCCAGAUCCGGGAAAAGAAAGCCAUUAUUGAAGCGGCAUCCUUGCCGGUGAUGGACAUCGUGCCGGGACAAAUGAGACAAGUAUUUCAAAACCUGAUCAGCAAUGCCAUUAAGUUUUCCAAACCAGGUGUGGAACCCAAGAUCAGUAUUGUUGCCAGUCGCGUAAAAGGCAUGUCUUUUGAGAGCGAACCGGCUGAGACCGGGACUUUCUGCCGCAUCACGAUUACCGACAAUGGCAUUGGCUUUAAUGAACAAUACCUCGACCGGAUCUUCACCAUUUUCCAGCGGCUUCAUUCGCGGGAAGAGUAUGAAGGUACCGGCAUUGGCCUGGCCAUUACCCGCAAGAUCAUUGACCGGCACAAUGGUAUUAUUACCGCCAGAAGCAAGGAAGGGGAAGGCGCCGCUUUUUCGAUUGUAUUACCCAUGCAGCAGGGCAACCGCCGGUAA